AUGCGAACGGCGUCUUCAGCCACAUUCGGUAGUGACUUUUCUAACACCUGUCAUGAGGGGAGCAUCCUGGAGGUCGAAGCCCGUGAAGAGCGCGUCGACCCCGCGGGCUCAGGGAGGCACUUGCCCGUGCCCGCCCUCCGCGGCGGCGUCACGGUAGGAGGCACCUGCCACAGCUCCGAGGCGGUGCUAAGUGGUGCUGCGGGCACUUCUCUCGGUGAAGCCUUCGACGGCCGCCGUCAAUCCAGAAACCAGCGUCAAUUUUCUGCUGCUCACCAGCAGCGGCUGCUUCCUGUCCCGCCCUCCCAGCGCUCCGAAGGCGGCGAUGAUUUCAUGGGCACGAGUCGAGACGUCGGCUUCAACGACAGUUUCGACGGCUUUCCAUUGUACGUGGACGAAGACGGUGUCAUGAAGGUGUCUGGACACCGCCGGCGCGACCCAUUUGCCUUUGGCUACGAUGCUGUUGAAGAGGCGGACUCGGCCACUGACGGCGCUCGCGAGGGCGAUGGUGGUCACAGAAACUCCUAUCAUGGCGGCGCUGGUGCCGCGCUCGGCUCGUCUUCCGGCACGUCUGAUGGCGCGCUUGUGUCCGGCAGCUCCUCGUACUCUUCCUCCCUUUACGAGGAGCACUACGAACCUUCCCAUCAACAGCGGGGCCGAGCCUCUAUUCAUGGGUACCGGUACAGCGCCGAUACGAAUGCGGUUGCCAGAUAUCUAUACACACCCCUUGAGAUGCACUACGCCGGCAGCGCUGGCAUUGCUGCACCGUACGAUGACGACGGCGCGCCGGUGCCCAUCAACGCGGCGCUGCCCAGUCAUCACCACAUCGUGUCACGGCGUCGCCGCCUCGUUGGGGCUGCCUCCAGCGCGGAAGCAAGGCUUCAUAAUGCGAAGCGGCGUCGCCCCAGUCGCAAGACCGGCAAGCGCGCUCGACGUCGUGGCACUCGUGGCGGGCGACUUGGAAGGCGGAACACCAAAGCCGCAGCCGCCUCACACUCAUCCGUUGGCCGCCACGGAAGCCACAGUGGAAAGCACAGUUCGGGUUGCUUACCAACCCGUCUGUCAGGCAGCAGCCCCGCUCUGCUCGGCACGAAUCCGUUGCUGAACAUAGGCGGGGGGAAUGUUGCGGCGACCGCCAGUGCCGCUGCGGCCGCCGGCAUCCAUGGCGGCCGCAGCACCCUUCUCUCCGCCGGUGCUUCGAUCAACGUCGGGCCCUCCGAGGCGGAGAAGGUCGUGCGAAUGCGAGAGUACCUGCUAGCGCGCGAGGCGGCGGUGAAGAAGCGAUAUCCGGCGGCUCGCCGCAACUCUGCCGGGACCGCGAGCACUGGUGCGACGGUCGGCAGCGACAGAGGCGCAUGGAAGACAGCGGCGGCAGACACCUUGCGCGUGGUAGCCUCCUCUCGCACAGGUGACCGCACUGGCAGGACCGCCACUAGUAGCGGUGCCCUCGCCUCACAGCGCGCUCGCGGCGCGGGGCCAUUCAGCCCACUGCCGAUGCCUCAGAAGAACUUGAAUCGGAGCAUCGGGCUGAACGCAGGAAAGGCGGGGGCGGGGUCAGCCUUUGCGUUGGCAGCGCUACGCUCUGCCCGCUUGCGCUCCAAGGACGCCACCACGCAACUGCAGGCGGUGACGACGACAGGGAAUUCCGUGUAUGUGCGGGCAGACCCCGCCUCUGCCGCUGCCGCAAGAGCGCGGGGUAGCGAUGGUAAGGGCAUUUCUGGCGGCGAAGGUGCACCCGGCGCGAUGCACAGCACAACACUUGCUGCGGGGACGGCAACACAUUUUGAACAGCGUAUGAUGACGCUGCAUGACCCCUACACGGGCCUCGCCAUCGCACCAGCUUACACGCCACUGGUAACCAGGACGGAGACGGCGGUGGCAGUGCACACGUGCGCCGCUGGAAUUCAGUUCUUUCGAGAUCCGACGGCGCCUCGGCCAUCCGCCGUAGCGUUUCUGCCGUCGACUUCCUCGGCCUUGCCCGAUACACCUUCUCGACUUGUGCCCACCGCCUAUGUGUUGGAUGUUAGUAAUCCGCCACCGGCACCUACGCCUGCAGGAACCGCUACUGUGUCUGACGAAGGCUCGCUGCGUGCAUUCUUCGGGGCGCCGUACACGUCGACAACUCCGCACAUGGCCAGAUCUGCAUCUGCGGCGUAUCGUCGGCCUACAUCCUUCCAUCCAUUCGGCACAUCCCUCAAGUCCACGGCGACGCCACCGCAGGGCAGGCAGCUCGCCAGCCCUGGCUUCCUGGACAAAAAAUCGGCCAAGGUGCACAACCCGGGCUCUCUGGUGAUGGAUGGAAAUCCCUCAGCCACGUCGCUGUCGCCGCAAACGCUGCAUAGUCGCGACGGCGUGGCGCGAGUGGACAACGCGGCAACAGCGGCGGGUGACUCGGCUCAGGUGAGGCGCUGCCGGCCCGCCAAGACGGAUCGCUUUUGCGACGUGCGCCCUCGUCUCACCGCUCGUGACGGCAACGCUAACGCAGGGGCGCCACCCGCAGUGGCGAGCAGCGGAAACGGUUGCGUGGCGUUGUUGGAUGUGAGCGGCCCCCGCAGCUCAGACCAGUACACGGCGACGUCACUCAGUUUCGGUGACUGCGCGCGCUCAUGGUGGAGAUUGCAAAGCGGCGGGGCCGCUGCUGCCGGCGGCUACAGCAGUGCAGCAGCGCCCGCAGCGGCGGCGGAUAUGUCGGACAGCAGCGACCUUUUUCCGUGGCGUUGGCGCGGCAGUGCGUCUGCAUUCCAUAUGAGGGGUGGAGAGGGCCAAGACGAAGUCCCGAUCGCCGCUGCAUGGCAGGAUGAGGCGGUGCGCGGAUGCUACGGCGUAUGGCCUGCGGCUGUUUACCUGCGCGGAGCUGCCGACGAGUACGACGUUAGCCUUCCCCCGGCCGGCACGUCGAGCAGCGCCUCCGCCGCCAUGCCGCGCUUCUUCGCGUGGCCGCACCCUACACCGCAGCGGUCCGCGUACCCGCCCUCUAUCGCCCCCUACGCGGCACUGCGCCAUCCUCAACAAAACACCCGCUAUCAUGCCUGGACAGCUGAGGGCGUGUCGGCGACGUCGAACACCUCGUGCGUGGUGCACGUCUUCACUGUCUCGCGGGAGAUGCUGCGCAGCGUGUACGAGUACGUCGCGUACAUGUGUGUAGCGAAGCGACAUGCAGAGCUGCAGCGUCGGCGCAGAAAACGCGAAGAACACCUUAGCGAAGAACUGGCCGCCGGUAGGCUGACGCGCGAUGCCCAGCGGUACCUGCGCUGCCCCCAUUGUGGUGUCGUCGGGAAGGUAGUAAGAAGCUCUGCCGCGCGAUGUGACAGUGAGGCUAUGCUGUCAAACCCUCUCCUAUCCUCAACGCUGACCCAAUCGCAGCACCUGCAUCAAGGCAGGAAGCGCCACCACCACAACCACCAUCAUUCAAGCGCGUCGCGCGAUCCCCCGUUGGCUUCGGCCACCACUACACCACAGCCGCUGCUCUUUCCGCAAAGCAGUACACCAGCCGCGAGUGCCCCCUUAGAGCUGCCGGUAGCACAGCAGCAGCAGCAGCAGCAGCAGCAGCACACGGAGAGGGUUGGAUGGUCGGCGUCGAAAUCGCCAUCGCCGCGGCCGACACCUCUGCCCCCGCAGCCGCCACGGCGCUCGGCUUUUGGGAUGGGUAGUGCGACCGAAGGCGGUAGCCGUGUCGCCGUCGAAAACACCAACGUUAAAGUUGACGAGUGCGCGAGCGCGCAUCGCGCCGUGGUCGUCGACGAGGUAAGCGAUGCCGUAGCAACGCCCCCGGUGUCUGCGGUGCCACAGUCGCCAGCCACCGCACUAGCUUCGCGGGUGGCAUGCGCACCAUUGACGAGGGGUGGUAGUGGCACAUCCGUGUCGUCCCCAGCGCUUCCGCCCUUGCCUCGGUCUGCCUCCCUUCCACCGCUGCGACUGCAGCCGCAGAAAAGGCUUCAAGAAGAGGAUCGCUCGUCACAGGAGUCGAGCCACAUCCGGUCGACGUCGGCGCCUCAGCUGCCCGGUGUCGGGACGGCGCUGCUGUCGUCUUCUCCGAGUCCGCUGCCGCCGCCGCCACUUUUCAUUCCUACUGUGGGCGCCACGGCAUCACCGGCACCGGCAAAGGUGCACACCUCUCCGCCUGUCCCCGGCACGAAAGGGGCGGCGCCGGCCGGGACCACCAACAGCAGCGACACCCGCGUCGAGGCGCUCCUAGACACGUUCGCAGUGAGCGGCGAGCUCUCGCAGUCUCUUCACAUGAAUUCGCAAUCGUACGAACCAAGCGCGCGGGCGGCCUUUGAUCGAUACGCCGGCGCUUCAGGUAACGACUUGCGUGCACUACGGCAGCAGCCACCGACCACCGUACUGGCACGCGGCGCACACGAGGCGCGCCCUCUCGACGAGUCCGCCACAGCUCUGUUGCCUCGCAAAACUGCUGAGGAGCGCGGCCGUGCCACUAGUGAGGAUGCCGCCCUGCAACAGUCGUCUUCACGCGCGGCGCUCGCGAACAGCAACAGCCACAGCCUCCGUGUCGGCGGUAUCGACAGCGACGCCGAGGAUGGCCGACGGGGGCGGGCCGGCUCUGUGGCGCCUCACACGUCAGGAUCGACGGCCUCGCAUCCAUUCACCACACCAACGGCUACCUCACCGGACCGCUCCAUGCUGAUGGCGCCCACAGGCACACGCGACACCACGGCUACGCACGAUACAGCGGCAGCGCUGUCAGCGCUGGUGGCAUCCGCUGAUUCUUCCCCGUCAAAGUGUGCGCCCCCUACUGCGACGAGUGUGGCGACCACCACGGCGGCCGCCGUCAUGACGACCCUCAACGCAGAAGUGAGGGUCAUGGGCAGCAGCUCGAGGAGCAACCCCAACACCAACAACAUGAGCGGCACCAACUCGCUCUUAUGCCUGAUGGCGGGGUCGACCCUGACGCCGGCGUUGCCGACACUGGCGCGCUGGCCGACGCCGCUGCAGAGCCAAGCAGGCGAAGACGACGGGGACAACCCUGCUGUAGCGCAGCGCUGGUGCGACACGGACGCUCCUGAAACGGCGCGAGACCACGAUCUCAGCGGCGGCGCGUCUUACGUGUGCCUCGGCUGUCACCGCGACGUGAUACCAAAACAGUCGUUUCUGACCUCGAUCAGCGACCAUAGCUCGUCGCAUCGCCAUUCCCAGCACGCCCAUCACUCAGCUGCACGACACAGUCACCACACGAACAACAACACCAAUAGCGGUGGCGGUGAUGCCAACGUGGACGACGGUAGGACCGAGCAGACUGUGGGUGCGGACAUCGGAGUAAUGGCGUUCGAAGACCUCCUGCAGGAUGACACGUUCACGUAUGCGUUGCACACCGCCUUGUGCGAGUUGCUCAUGAUGCCGUCAACGCGAGAGCCACCACCGCUAUCACCGCCGUUGCCGACGGCGCCGCACAAAAGAAGUCGAAAAAGGUCACCAAGAACGUCGGCGGCGCGCACAGACCUGAAUGGCUUCCUCCAUCCCGUUUUACCGAGUGCACCCGUGCACCAAACCGACGCACCUCUGCAGCACUCGUCGGAGGAUACAGCUAUAGCGGCGACCGACGCCGAAGGUGAGGUGCGCAGAGCCGCCGCGAUGGAUGUGGGCGCCCUUUCGUGUCUCUCGCCCGGUGUGCCGCAUCAGCAGAGCCCAGAGGCGAUGGGAGGCGGCGGCGCGGUCUCUUUCGAACGUAUCGGCAGCUACAUCGGUGACACCGAAGGCGAGCUCACGCAGCAGCAACGCGAACCACCCACGGCCCCACCUUCCAUAUCAGCUGCACCGUCGUCUUCAUCCACGUCGUCUAUGUUAACGUCCUUGGAAAGCUCGUCGACGGCAGCGGACAGGGAGGGCGGCUGCUGCUCGGCCGCUUCUUCGCCCGUUCGCCUUUCGCUUCCGUGCCGCGGGCUGACCGUGAGUGUGCUGCCGUACGUGGAGCCGCAAGUGCCCCCUGCGGCGACGCAAGAACGGGCCAGUCACAGCGGCAUCCAGCGCCGAGGAACAACGGAGAAACACCUGAUCCGGGGGAGGCAUGCAAUCAGGAAAACCAUCGGCAUUGAGCGCCUACCACGGCAGAGCUUUGGUACGCUGGCGUCGCUUUCUCGGCCAGUGAUCCCACGCAUGCGCGAGGACGCGGCAACACGGGGACUGACGCCAUCCACGAUGCUCAUGAGCGACGCUGCCGCCUCUCAUCAACGUCGCAGGCGCAGCUGCAGCAAGCAGCGGCAAGGGCCGCGCAUCCAUCCCGACACGCCACCGCGUCAGGGGUGGCGCCGAAGCACCAGCACUGCAGCGUCGAAGCUCACUUCUAUGGAAAGCCCACCCAAUGCUGCAAGGAUGCACAGCGCAGCGGCGUCGAAGGCGCUCAUAAUGAAGGGCACGUUCAGCAGUGAGAAACACCGCAUCCAAGUAAACCCACGCACCCCACUGGACGCCGUGAUCAAAAAUCGUAUCAUGAAGCGCAUCUUCCGCCAAGAGCGGCUUGGCAGCAGGAGCGACACCACGGCCGCCGCAGUAGCCCGUUUAUCGGAGACUGAGAGGCGCUAUGGCAAGGGCUUAGAUCCUAUUGCUGCUGCUGCUGCGGUGAGCAGACGAGAUGGUGCUGGGCCUGCAGCAGGCGUGCCAGUCAGCGCGCGGGGCUCUGAUAUGCGCAGACGGCGCUGCCCCCCUCACCAUCGCUGUUCCUACACACAAAAGCUAGCCCAGCAGCAUGCUCAGCUGCUCUUGCCUCCCGGCCGUGUCCCCAAGCAACUCGGGCUCGAUCUAGGCGCCUAUGAAGACUCCAGCCUUGUACUCGAGAUUGAUCUCGCGUACCCGCGGUUGCCUCGCGGCAACGUGCGGGAGCUUCUUGCGGAGUGGAAGGGCACCUGCCAACCCCACCCUGUUUUAGUGGAAGCCGUUAUCCGCAACAUCGUGUACGCUGUGCUGGUGCAGCUGUCUACCCUGCACGCUGCCGGCCGUACGCACGGGAGUGUCAAGUCGACCAACGUUUUUCCGCUAUGGCAUGCCAUGGAAGGCACACGAGAGUCGGGGCUCAUGAUGCCGCCGCGGCCACGUCAGCGCCCGACGUCCCCAUCCCCGCUCGCGGUGGCGCACGCGAAAUAUGAGGCAGAGCCGAUGCACGAACGCGGGGGGAAGGCGGAGGCAACGAUAACGAAUGAAGCGGAAGGUGAGCGUCCGCGAACCGCCUCCAACGCUGAAGGUGAGGGCGCCUGUGAGUCAGGUGGCGGAUCGGCUGCUGUGCCGCCAGCGACAAAUCAAGCUGCAACUGUGCCACAGUGGUGUACCUCCGAAACGUCUACCUCACCCACCAAUCCUCGCUCCCUCUCCAAUCGGCAACGACAUCUGGCGCCACACACGGCGGCAGCGCAUCUCAGACUCUCUCAAACGAUGCGCUCCCGCAACCGCGGGGCGCAGAGCAGAAUCAAGCCUGCUCGCGGAUUUGGCGCGGCUCGUGGCACACCAAGUGCGGCAAAGAGUUCUGCAUCCGCAGCGCUGCCAGGAAGGUCUGGUGCUGCCACUGCAGACGCAUCCUCUACCGGGCUGGCGACCGCCAUGGCUGUUUACCGCCCCAGCAGUUUCAGUGCCAGUACCGGCUGCAGCCUGUGCACCGACAGUAAGCAGGCUGACCCCAGCACUGUUCCACACAUGCCUGUGGGUCUAUCGCCCCAGUCGUCCAUGCCGUCGUCCCCCUCCGCCGUCUUAUCCUCAGAGCCCAUGCCAACUCCAACGGUUGCCUCAGCAUGCAGUCCGUGCGCGGCGUUGCUGACCACAGACGCGAUCCAGCCCUACCACCCGAACAGCUGCAGCAGGAGCACGACCACGUUCUCCCCUGCUAUUGGCAUGAUGUCAAACAGCACGCGUCUGCGCCGCGGCGGAGGUGCCGCGGCGCGGCUCAGACACGGCAGCAUCGGGACCAACGUCGGCGGCAAGGACGACGUGUGUGACUCCAACGGCGAUGCCGAGGAUGAGGAUGAUAGUGCGCUUGUGCCCCUCGUCGCUGAGGUGUUGACGCUGUCGUCUACUGUGCUGCGCACCUCAGCGGCGGAGCCCGGCACUGCUGAGCCGCAGACGCAACUGCAGAACGGCCUGUGGGGGACGCCGCCGAUGAACGUGAUGCGGCCUUGCGCUUCCUUCGCAGCUGUACCGCGGCAUCGGGACUAUCGCUGCGGUCCUCAUCGAAGCCGCCAAGGGCGCGGCUCAUGGUCAUCCGCAGUAGAGGAUCCGGAGGAGUGGCUUGCGUCUGCAGUGCCGCGGCGCUACGUAUGUGGGGUGGAGCUGCGGCCUCCAGCGGCUGUGUGGUUUCCUCGAGUUGCCGUAGACAAAGCUGCUCUUGCAGGCAAGAAGCCGAGCGUCGACCAUGGCGUAUCACUGUCGGCGGACGCUGCAACGGUGCUGGAGCGCACAUCCGAUGUCGCAGCACAGCCUGUGCUAACCCAAGGUCCAAUGGGGGCUGUGCCGCACCCGCGGUUCGACAGCAUUGGCAGCGACGAUACGAAUGCACCCGAGGCCGCAACUGCUCACCGGGAGAGGCGCCGGAGCAGUUCCGCGGGCCCUUCGCCGUCCUCGUCAGCUGCGCUGCAUGGCGCCAGUGACGGCGCUGGCCAGUACACGCCGGAUCCGCUGCAAUGGUCGCGCCAGGUACUGCUGGUAGAAAACGUGGGUGCAGUUGUCGCAGCCGCGUUGCGCACUGCCAUGGCCUGCGUGCUCAUGCGGCAUCCACCGUGCCAACACCCGUCGCCGCUGUCGUCACCUCUCGCCCUUGCCACGUCGACGAAGACGCCUAUAUCGCACUCAGAGAAAGCAUGUCACGCAGCAGACGCCCUUGCUGAUCCCGCCACUGCGGCUGCUGAGAGGCAGGGCCUUCGUCAAGCCGCCUGCUCCAAGCCGGCUGCUGCGGCGGCCUCCCAGCGACGCACGAGAGUCGCAGCGUCUGCGCCGGCGUUGCGUGUGCAUGUGCCGGAUGUGGUUCGUAGUCCUCCUCCUUUGCCACCCAAUCUUUUUUCCAUCCAAGAGUCAGAAUACGUGCCGGCACCCGAGCUGAUUCGUUUCUCUGCCGAUGAAGCCCGCGCGCUACGGCGACCGUGGCCUCCGCACCCCAGCGGUGCAGCUGCGGCGGACGAGGUCGAGGGAGAACAGGCUGCAGGGGAACACCCUGGCUUGUGUCAUAGCUCCAUGGCAGCAGCUGUUGAUGCGGGGGCGGAGGGCGCGGCGCAGCUGCGCGAGGCCUUGGCACGGCUAGAGGCGGCCGCGUCACCAAUGACGACGCUGCUCAACACCCUCGACCCGUACCCUGCCGUCAGCGCAGCGGCGGAUAUCUGGGAAUUGGGUAUGAUGGCGCGUGAGCUUGCCGAUGGCCCGCCGCCGAUGACGUGGUUGAAGCAGCGCGAACCGGCGCCGGCCUUGCGCACCUAUCCAUGGUCUUCCUACUUCCACGCCUUUGUAUCACUGUGCCUGCAGCGCAGUCCAGAGCAGCGCGGCACAGCGGCAGAGCUGCUGCGGCACCCGUGGUUCAGCGUGGCCCUGGUGCCGCAAGCCUCCUUGCCGUCGCCGCCAACGGCCAUGCGAAGCAACGGCAGCGACUGGGGUCAAGGCACGGCCGGCAGCGGUGCAGCCGGCGCGCCGGUCGAGUCAAGGAACUCGGCGGCAGGUUUUCAGGGUGGCAAGACGGGGGGUGCCGCGCCGGUGAGCCCGUCAACACUGCCACUUUUGCCGGUGCGUCCACCAGGUGUCAUGGGCGUCGGCUGCUUGACUGCGGAGGAGAAGGCGGAGUGGGAGAACUACGACUACACGCUGCUCUACGCGUCUGGUGCGCAGUCGACUCGCCCGCUCACGACGAGCGCCGCUGCGGCUACUGCAGCUGUGGCCACAGCUGCUGAGAACCACCACCCCAGUGGCAACUCCAGCGUGCGACUAGAGUGCCCAUUGGCGCAUCAGACGCAGGGAGCCACAACAUCUGCGUCAGCGGUUUCCGCGGGGGCGCGCAACAGCCGGGAAGCAAGCGCUGCGGACGCCAUCGGCGUCGGUAAAACGCCAUCCUUACUGGGGCAGAGUCUGCGCGGAACCGACGCGCCUUCACCGUUGCCCGCUGCUGCCGCCGCCGCCGUGAUGGCGUCGCAGUCUUCUGCUCUCACCGUUUCUAGCCCUGGUGGCGGCACCGCUGUUGGGCUACCAUCCGUUGCCGCUGCAUCCGCCAGCCCCGCCAAGGCCUCCGCAAACGACGAGCUGAUGACAUCAAUGUGCGCGGUCGACCUUGCACAGAGCUUUGCAGAGCUCAUCGCGCAGCGAUGGGUAACGCAACAGCAGCAGCUGGUCCCGUCGCUGGCCACGGCGGCCGGCGCGCACGACGGGGCUGCGAAGGGAAGGCAGUCGAUGUCACCGUCUCAGCGCAACUUCUUCACUGCCGCCGCUGCGGUGACGUCUUUGGACAGUGCCAGCCCUGUAUUCCUUUCUGUCAUCUCCCCUCGGUGCACCACCGCCGGUGCCGCUGCCGCCGCAGCGGCCUACAACGCAGCGUCGCCUCGAUGCGCGCCGUCGACAGCUGGCCAAGGCGCGGUUUCGCAGCAGCAGUCGGAGCUGUUGCGCCCGAAGAUCAGCUCUGAUGAGAUGAUGGUGCCAAUGUGGGGAGGGCACAGCACGGCGUUCAGCAACAACGCCUCGCUGAGUGGCCAACUGGCGGUGGUCCCUGUCGUAUCCCCGCGCGGCGCUUCGUCGCCGCUGCUGCUGCCACCACCGGAGUUCGUCGGCAGAGGAGUGGGGCGACUGCUGCCGGCCUACCUGCCUACACUUUAUGUCCCGCUGCUUGACCCGCGGGGUGAUCCCAUGCUGACACCGGCAAAUGCCUGGGUACCUCCGUGGACGGCAAGGACGAUUGGCGAGUGGGGCGGAAUGGCAGGCAUCCAGUCGCAGCCGCAGCCGCAGCAGGCACGGUCUUCCGCAGCACUUGGUGCCGUACCGCCGUGGUUUCAGCUAAGCACGCGCGUCUCAGCAGGGAGCUCGAAUUCGCUCAUGUAUCCCACCCUUCAGAGGUUUUCGCGCGGGGAUGGCAGCGUCAGCGGAGGUGGAGGCAGUCGCCCAGUCCUGCACUGUGACCGCGGCGAUCCCGAUGGCAACGCUAGUACAGGCAGUGACCGUAGCAGCAACUCACAGUAUCAUGGUCGACACGCGCGAACGGCGUCUGGUAGCUCGAGCCAAAGUAGUCCCUUCAGCAGCACACUGAGCGACAGCGACAGCGACAGCGACAGGACUGCCAGCGGCGGGCUGCAGGUCGUGCGCAGUGGUACUCACGUCCACGCCAGUGAAGGCAGAUUUUAUGAUGCUUGCAUGCCCAAGGUGGGUGGUGAAGUGCCGGUCCCGACGCGAACGCCGCCACAGCACCUCAAUGACACCCUCAACACGGCGUCGCCGCCUCUCAACAACGACACAGCUAGCCGCAGCGUCACCUUCAAGGUCGGCACAUCGGAGCAGCGUGCUGGCGGUGGCUACAACGUGAUGGUGUACGACCCCACGACGGACAGCAGCCGCGCUGCUGUGAAGGAGGGCGUCUUCUCCUUUUGCGCGGCUGCGCCAACUCUUCGGCCGCCAGGCAGUGAUGAGCACUGGUCUCGACAUGGGCGGCACGGCGGCUCCAGUGGCAGAGGUGAUGAUGGUGACUACGGCGCAGUACCCCGAGUGUCCUCGCCUUCGUCCUCUCGUCCAGCGCAUCAUCUCAGCGGCACCAUCGCCACCGCGCUGGCACGCUUGUCAAUGAUAGCGUAUCUUCCCACUGACGCUGACGGGAACUGGAGUGAGACCAGCAGCAGCAGCAGCAGCACAAUCGACAGCAGCAGCGACAGCGAAGACGGCACCAGAUACAGCGACAGGUCCGAUUCUGCUAUCUUGUCUCUGAUGUGGGGGCCGUCGGUGUGCCAGUCAACUCCGCUCGAGUCGGACGAUAAGACUGCUUACAUGCAAGGCUUUGUCAUCAGCGGUGAUGGCACCAGCUGUGAAGAGCCGAACGAGGACGAUGAUGGGCCGUCGAUGAGCGCGGAGGUGCGAUGCGAUGAGCUGCUUCGGUGCUUGUCGGUGCUGCAGCGUAACUGCCCGGCGGCGGUAAGUCUGUGGUGCGUCCGUGUGCUGCAGCAGGCGAUGCGGCACCCCCGGACGGCCGCGAGCGCGGCGCGGGUCCUGGAGCGAAUCGAGAGUCUCCUGCCUAAGGGGUGGGUGAGAAACCUCGACUGGCUCAAGCAACCGGACGGCUGGCCGUCGCCGCCGCAUUCCUCGGCUGACCCUCUGGGCAAAGGCGACGCGCAACGCCGCGAGAGAGUAGCAGACACAGCAGGCGAUGGCAGCUCCUCUCUCUCUGGGGUGAGGGUUGCCGUCAGAGUGUCGUCUCGCUCCUCUGCCGGUGCACUGCCUCCCGCGGAGCUGGACACGAGCCCCAGCACCUUCCAGAAUUACGAGAUGGCAAAGUGGAUGCAUGCGUUGCAUCAGGUGCUUCAACGAUGCACAUAG